GCCUGAGGCCCAGAAGGGGUAGCAGGCCAUGGCGGCGGCGGCGGCGGCUGUGGCGGGUUGGCUGGGCUGGGUGCUUGCCGCGCUCUGUCUGGGCAGCACCGCGGGGGAGGCGGCGCCGGGAGCGGGACUGCUGGGCUUCUGCAUGGAGGAGGACAGCGCGCCGGGCGCAGGCUCACUGCGCGGAAGGGCAGCGCCGGAGGCCACUUUCUGCUUGCGACUCUUCUGCUCGGGCUUAGCCAACAGCUCCUGGACCUGGGUGGCCACGGAGGGUGCAGGCUGCCCCGAGGGCGGGCGGGCCACGGAGCCCGAGGAGGCGGCCGCCCCCACGGGCGAGUGGCGUGCACUGCUGCGCCUGCGCACCGAGGCCGGGCGCCCGCGCUCCGCACUGCUGGCGGUGCGCGUGGAGCCGGGCGGCGGGGCAGCCGAGGAGGCGGCGCCGCCCUGGGCGCUGGGGCUGGGGGCGGCCGGGUUGCUGGCCCUGGCGGCCGUGGCGCGCGGCCUGCAGCUGAGCGCUCUGGCGCUGGCGCCGGCCGAGGUGCAGGUGCUGCGCGAGAGCGGCUCGGAGGCGGAGCGCGCGGCUGCGCGGCGCCUGGAACCUGCGCGGCGCUGGGCCGGCUGCGCCCUGGGCGCGCUGCUGCUGCUGGCCAGCCUGGCGCAGGCGGCACUGGCGGUGCUGCUGUACCGAGCGGUCGGCCAGCGCGCCGUGCCCGCGGUGCUGGGCUGCGCGGGGCUGGUGUUCCUGGUGGGCGAGGUGCUGCCGGUCGCUGUGAGCGGCCGCUGGGCGCUGGCGCUGGCGCCGCGCGCGCUGGGCCUGAGCCGCCUGGCGGUGCUGCUCACCUUGCCCGUGGCGUUGCCCGUGGGGCAGCUGCUGGAGCUGGCAGCGCGGCCGGGCCGUCUGCGUGAGCGCGUGCUGGAGCUGGCGCGCGGCGGCGGCGACCCCUACAGCGAUCUGAGCAAGGGCGUCCUGCGCUACCGGACCGUGGAGGACGUGCUCACGCCCCUCGAAGACUGCUUUAUGCUGGACUCCGGCGCUGUCCUGGACUUCGGCGUCCUAGCCAGUAUCAUGCAGAGCGGCCACACGCGCAUCCCAGUGUACGAGGAGGAGCGUUCCAACAUCGUGGACAUACUGUACCUCAAGGACUUGGCCUUCGUGGACCCUGAGGACUGCACGCCGCUCAGCACCAUCACCCGCUUCUACAACCAUCCACUCCACUUCGUCUUCAACGACACCAAAUUGGACGCUGUCCUGGAAGAGUUCAAGCGAGGGAAGUCACACCUGGCCAUCGUUCAGAAGGUGAACAACGAAGGUGACUGUGACCCCUUCUACGAGGUGCUGGGCUUGGUCACGCUGGAGGACGUCAUCGAGGAGAUCAUCAGGUCGGAGAUCCUGGAUGAGUCUGAAGACUACCACACCAAGGUGAGGAAAAAGACUGUUGCUCUGGGCACCCCUCUCAAGCGGAAGGAGGAGUUCUCCUUAUUCAAGGUGUCUGAUGAUGAAUAUAAAGUAAAAAUCUCGCCUCAGCUGCUCCUGGCCACCCAGCGCUUCCUUUCCCGAGAGGUGGAUGUGUUCAGCCCAUUGCGAAUCUCCGAGAAAGUCUUGCUGUAUCUGCUGAAGCAUCCCAGUGUCAACCAGGAGGUGAAGUUUGAUGAGAACAACCGCCUGGCCACGCACCAUUACUUGUACCAGCGCAGCCAGCCGGUGGACUACUUCAUCCUCAUCCUGCAGGGCAGGGUCGAGGUGGAGAUUGGAAAAGAGGGCCUGAGGUUCGAGAAUGGGGCCUUCACCUACUAUGGAGUGUCUGCCCUGGCAUCUCCAUCUUCAGCUCACCAGUCCCCCGUGUCUUCACGCCAGCUCAUCCGCCAUGAGCCGCAGCCUGAACCACCCGAGAGUACCCGCCCCUCCGCAUACUGUCCUGACUACACCGUGAGGGCCCUUUCUGACCUGCAGCUCAUUAAGAUCACACGGUUGCAGUACCUUAAUGCACUCCUGGCUUCCCGAGCCCAAAGCUUGCCUCCAUCCCCAGAGAUUGCUGAGCUCCAGGCCAUCCCAGGCAGCCAGACCAGGCUCCUUGGUGACAAGUCCACUGAGACAGCAGGGUCCAACAUCAGCAGACCUGACGUCCCAGUGGAGAAGAGCCCUGGGCAGAACCCAGGAGUGUAACUGCUUGCCAGGCAGCCCCGAGCUGGAAAUGGACAAGCGUGUGGGGAGCUGGGGAGAGCCAAGCAGGAGCUUCAUGCCAGCCUGUCCCCCACCUGUUCUGGCCACGUUUUAGAUGGCCAUUGUAAGAUGUGGGUCCUGGGCCUCCUGAAUGCCAGAGCCUUCAGCUGGCCCUGCCUUCCCUUAGGAGAUAGGACUGGCAGGUCGGUCCUCCAGAAGAAGCCUGUUUCUGGGGGGAUGAAAGGAACAGCAUCAUCUCUAGUCCCCACGGCCCAGCCUCUCCCCUGAUACUGUCACGGCACAGUGUCUAUACCUCCCUGAGCCAGGUGCUAUGUGGCGGGUGCAGUUACUGCCUUUAUAUGGUCUUGGCCUGUCUCACUUUGCUUUUGAUUGGCCAGCCCUCUGUCAUUGACAUCACUUUAUGUGCAAGCCAAGAGCUCUGGCUUUGGAUGGAGAGCCAAGUCUAUGGCCCUGUCCUGUACCUUUUUAUUUUCUAACAAUGCCAUAUUUUGAUUCAUGUACCCCCGUUUUUUCCAUGUGCCAAAUCUAAAAGCACGAUUCACCAAUAAGUCUGUACUCUAGUUCUGCUCCCUCCUGUGGAGGGAGGUAGCUUCUCUGACUCCUGAAGUCAAAGUGAGCAGCCUGGCCCAGUGACACAGGGAGCCUGCCCAGCAUGGCUGAAAAGUCGGUGUUGAGGACCUGCCUUGUACUUUUGUCUUCAGCCCCCGGGGACACGUGCGGCUGUAAUGGGUAGAGAACAGCAAUCAGAGAGGAUUCUGUAAACCUGGUACCUCCUUGUCGCCUGCUGAGAAGACAAGGUUUUCUUGUAUCUGAAAUAUCUCAAAUUGUGUGCCCUUUUCCGUUUCCAGGGACGUUGUUUUAGAGAUGCAGGGUUGGGAGCGCACAGGCUUUCUCCUCUAGUGUACCUACAUUUUCCUUCCACAGUUUCAGCUCUGGGACCAUAGACUGGGGUGGGAAGGGAGGAUUUCUGGAACUUUCCUCAAAAGAAUGUGGGUCCUGGUAAGUGAGACUUGCAGGCCAAGAGAACAGUGGUAUGCUUGCCAAGAAAAUAUUCUCAAGGAAUAUGCGCUAAGAACAAACUCAGGUUGGAAUCAAAUACUUUAAAAAUCAUCUCUCUCCAGAAAAGAAUUCUGAAUUUUGGCUGUAGAAUCACCUGGCAGAUUAGAACCUUGGUUACCUGGGCCCUUCUGGGGCUUCUGAUUUAGUCACCUUGAACACCAGGGUUAGAGUCUUGAAAUAGUUUUAGGUUCAUAGAAGAGUUCCAGAUGCCCUUUACUCAGCAUCCCCUGAUGUUAACAUGUUAAAUCACCUUGUUACAGUUAUCCAAAUUAAAAUGUUAACAUUGGUGUCAUACUA